AUUAUUUUGUUCUCCGUCCUUUUUUGUGUGAGGGUGUGUAAGAAUGUUAAAGCUGCUUUUUUAAAGGAAGUAGUGUAAAAAAUUUUGUGUCACGUGGGCAGUCUAGAAAUAGACCAUUACAACGCAAAGUUUGUCUGUAAACUUGAGUGCAUAUUGCAUGAGGACAAGUAAACCGACGCUAUAAAACCGACAUCUCGCUUUUGUCUUCAGCUACACAUCUGCUAUACGACCGAGUGCAAAUCUAGACGAACUUGGAAUCAUGAGUCGAUCUUGGGUCCCUUGGAGGACGCAUAAAAACGUCGUCCGAAUUAUCCGUCUGCAAGGAAUCAUCAAUGCAUCAAGCUCAAACCAUCGCGCUCUGAGCCUACGUCGUGUCGAGAAAGCCAUCGACAGGGCAUUCGAAGUAAAGAAAGUAGCUCCCAAAGCUGUGUGCCUGGAGAUAAAUAGCACGGGGGGCUCCCCCGUCCAAAGCAACUUGAUCUAUACUCGCAUUAGAGAGCAAGCGAAUGACAAGAAGAUCCCCGUGCUGUCUUUUGUGGAGGAUCACGCUUUAUCUGGAGGGUACUGGCUCUCCCUGGCAGGCGAUGAGAUUUUCGUAGAUCCAAACUCUGCUGUGGGGUCUAUUGGAGCAGUGAGCUCGAACGUUGGUGUGGUGGAGGCGAUGAAAAAACUGGGACUAGAAUACCGCCCAGUGGUCAUGGGUGAACACAAGGUUAGAAUGAACCCAAUGGAGCCUUUAAAACCAGAAGAUGUAGAAUGGGUGAAGAAAAUACUUGCAGAAGUCCACAACAACUUCAUAGACUUAGUAAAAGAACGACGCACAAAGCUAGACACAACCAGCAAAACAGUAUUUUCAGGAGAUAUAUUUCUUGGAAAAGAAGCAGUAAGAAUUGGUUUAGUUGAUGCUAUUACAACAGACCUAAAAAGUCUCUGCAAAAAGCGAUUUGGGGAAGAUGUUGUGUUUGAGAGGUGUGAUCUGCCACAAGAUUUUUUCACUCGCAUGAUGAAUAAAAGAUUUGGUAUGGAGGCAUCAAUCAAUGUUGACGAGGCACUAGACUCACUAGCUAUUAGAGGGCAAAGAGAAAAGAUUGGCUUUUAAAAUAAUAUUCUUGGCAAAACUUCUGAACAUAUUCGUGUUAUGACAGUCUAAAUGGCUAACAAUAAAAGUGUAGUUCGUUAAUAUCCCUGUGUAGCAAAUCUGGAAAGAAUUAUCUAGUUUACAGUACAAAGUACACAUUAAAAUACAUUAAUAAAAGUCUUUAUUUCCACAAA